AUGUUUUUUACUUUUAAGGUUUUCCCCAUUCUACUUUCAGGGGAGGAGUUGAAUGCAACGAUUGGAAUGAAGAAGCCCGACAGCACUGUCGUCGUCAGUUCGAGUAAAAUUAAGUUCGAUGACAAUGAAGAACUCAAAUCUUCAUCCGAAGAUGAGGAGGACACAGAGCGUGAGCUUGCGGAUGUUACAUUGGAGGAGCUACUAAAAGCACGGUCCGAUGGGUCAGACAUGUUGUAUCGGAAGCCCAAUUCAGAGAAAAAGGGUGGCCGAGCGAACAAGAAUAGGCCAAUGGAGAUUAGUAGCAAGAAGCCGGUUAGUAGAUUUAGAGAAGUCAUACAAGUUCCUAAACAGGUGGUGCGUGACCCUCGUUUUGAAUCAUUAUGUGGCAAUCUUGAUGUAGAUGGGUUCAAGAAGAGAUACAAUUUUCUUUAUGAGAAUAAUCUUCCUGCUGAGAAAGAGGAACUAAAGAAAUCGAUGAAGAAAUCAAAGGACUUGGAAGUCAUUAAUGAAAUGAAAGAUCGCAUAGGUUGGAUUGACCAACAACUGAAGUCUGCAUCAACAAAGCGUACUGAUAAAACAAUACUGGCUGAGCACAAGAAGAAAGAGAGAGAAGCUGCAAAGCAAGGGAAAAAACCAUUCUAUUUGAAGAAAUCUGAAAUCCGGAAGCAAAAGCUUACUGAGAAAUAUACCGAACUCCAGACAUCUGGAAAGCUCGAGUCCUUUAUCGAGAAAAAGAGAAGGAAGAAUGCUGCAAAGGACCACAGAUUUAUGCCAUAUCGACGUCCCAGCAACAACGAGUAA